UGGUGGACUUCAGCUGACUUCAUUACAGCAACCCCAGCAGUUCCUCAUCGCUAGCAGAAAGUCAACAAGUGUGAUGCUGAAAUGAGAUGAGGCUCCGAAAUGGAACUGUGGCCACCGUGUUAGUAUUCAUCACUACUUUCCUCAGCUUGUCCUGGUAUACUGCAUGGCAAAAUGGGAAAGAAAAGUUGAUUGCAUAUCAACGGGAAUUUCACGCUUUGAAGGAACGUCUUCGUAUAGCUGAGCAUCGGACGCUGCAACGCUCUUCUGAGCUGAAUGCAAUCUUGGAGCAAUUCAGGCGUGCAGUAGCAGAAACAAAUGGGAGUAAGAAUGCACUGAAUAAUUUUUCAGAUGAGACACUAAAAUUGAUAAAAGAGCUAACAAGCCGAAAAUCUCUCCAAGUGCCAAAUAUCUAUUACCACUUGCCUCAUUUGUUGAAAAAUGAAGGAAGCCUUCAACCCUCUGUGCAGAUUGGCCUGGGAAGGACAGGAGUUUCCAUUGUAAUGGGAAUUCCUACAGUGAAAAGGAAAGUCAAGUCUUACCUUACAGAAACUCUGCACUCCCUUAUUGAUAAGCUGUCCCCCGAAGAAAAACUGGAUUGUGUUAUGGUAGUCUUUAUAGGAGAGACUGAUCUUGAUUAUGUAAACAGUGUUGUAGCAAGCCUGGAAAAAGAAUUUUCUGCAGAGAUCAAUUCUGGCUUGGUAGAAGUAAUAGCCCCUCCUGCAACUUACUAUCCUGACUUGACAAACUUGAAAGAGACCUUUGGAGACUCAAAAGAAAGAGUCAGAUGGAGAACAAAACAAAAUUUGGAUUACUGUUUUCUUAUGAUGUACGCCCAGAAAAAGGGGGUUUAUUACAUUCAGCUUGAAGAUGACAUUGUUGUCAAGCAGAAUUAUUUCAGCACAAUAAAAAAUUUUGCGCUUCAGCUUGCUUCUGAAGAUUGGAUGAUUCUGGAAUUUUCUCAGCUGGGUUUCAUUGGUAAAAUGUUCCAGUCUCCAGAUAUCACUCUUAUUGUAGAGUUCAUAUUUAUGUUUUAUAAGGAGAAACCAAUUGAUUGGCUACUGGACCAUAUCCUCUGGGUGAAAGUCUGUAAUCCAGAGAAAGAUGCCAAACAUUGUGAUCGACAGAAGUCUAACCUGCGGAUACGCUUCAGGCCUUCUCUUUUCCAGCAUGUUGGCCUUCACUCCUCUCUAGCAGGGAAGAUCCAGAAACUCACGGAUAAAGACUUCCUGAAACCGUUACUGCAUAAAAUCCACGUGAAUCCACCUGCGGAGGUUUCCACGUCUUUAAAGGUCUACCAAGGGCAUACGCUAGAAAAGACAUACGUAGGGGAAGAUUUUUUCUGGGCUGUCACACCAGUUGCUGGGGACUAUAUUCUGUUUAAAUUUGACAAGCCAGUCAAUGUAGAAAGAUACUUGUUUCGCAGUGGCAAUCCAGAGCACCCGGGAGACAUACUUCUAAACACAACUGUGGAAGUCUUGCCUUUUCAGAGUGAAGAAUUGGUAUUAAGCAAAGAAACCAAAGACAAACGCUUGGAAGAUGGUUACUUCAGAAUAGGAAAAUUUGAAAAUGGUGUAGCUGAAGGAAUGGUUGACCCAAGCCUAAACCCUAUUUCAUCAUUCCGGCUCUCAGUAAUACAGAAUUCAGCAGUGUGGGCAAUUCUGAAUGAGAUUCAUAUUAAAAAGGUUACAAACUGAGCAGCAACAUUUGCUUUGGAUGGAAAAGAACCUUUGAAAACUUUUCCUCUAAAAUCUGACAUCCUUAACAAGUCACAAAUUGGAAAUCCUGAGCAUGCACCUUAUUCCAAAUUUCUUUCAUUUUCACUUGAACACUACCUCUUGUGAAAUCUACUGUAGAUGAGAAGAUUGUACUUACCCCUUCUUAUCCGAUCCAUCGAGAAACUGAUGCUUCAUGCUGACAACGUUCAUCUGAGGUAUAAGUUGUCCUUCACUUUAAGGUGACUUUACCAUCUUACGGUUGCAGAAUCUUGCUACUCUUAACCUGUACUAUUUUGAUAGUAUAGUAAUAUAGAGAAGUUGUACAUAUUGUUACAUUCCUUGAAGAAGAAAAUAUAAUUAUUGUUAAAUACGUUUUAUGAAGGGGGUACUUUCGGAGUUCAAUUUAUUUUCUAUAACAAGAACCCUCUUUUAUAGAUUGUCAGGGAUAUAUAUUAAAAAUGUUAGGGAUAUUUAAUUUAUUAAAAUAAUUUGAAAGUACAUAUUUUUAUGCAGUAAAAUUUUAAAUUGAUAUAGUUUUUUUUAUGGAUUAUCUAGUUUAAGUUAUCUUUCUACAUUUUUCUUUGGAGAUGCAAACAUAAAUUAAUACCAUAUUUCAAAUAUACUGCCGUGUUUAAAAGAACUAGAUUGAGUUUCUAAAUUAGGUAGUUUUGUACACAGAAUCUGGAUGAUGUUCAGAGGCAUUAACAGAGUUUUGAACAACAUAAUUCUUUGGGGCUCUAAAAUUCCGCUAUGUACAGUUUGUAGCCACAGAAAAACAUGUUGAAAUGUCUUGAUAUUUCAUAUUAUGUGCUAAAUCUGUGGUGAUUUUACAUUUUAUCCAUUGCAUUUUAGGAGAAUUUUCAAUUGCAAACUGUUCUUU